GAUAAAGUUGUAUAAACAAUUUUCGAUCCUAUCUCAAAGAAGAGUUCUGUUGUCUUAUAAAUACUGGUUCUCUUUAGAGAACUUCCCCUGUGGACAGCUGAAAGCAAAUUGUGCAAUUCAAGUGAAAUCAAAUGAGUAAGCGGCAAUCGGUGGGCCAACUUUAAUUGCAGCUAGAAAAGUGCCUCAAAAGUGAACAGCAGUAACAGCAGCGGAAACAUCUUGUUUAAGCCAAACAAAUGAUAAGAUAAACUUCGCUUCGAUCGAGCUGUAGAACCGCGACGAUAAAAGAGGAGUGAAGGAAAAGCCGACUGGAUCGCAUCCCAAAAAAUCACACAGCACCAACCCAUAUGUUCGAGACGCGUGGCAAUGGAAAUUAGUGUGAGACCAGAGCCCAGAGAAGCAUCAGUUAUCAAGAGGGAGACACGCAGGUAGAGCGGAUCAGGAUCAGGAUCAGGAGACAUGCGCAGCGGGCGGAACUAUGUGCAGCGGCAAAGCGACACGCUGGAGAGCAGCUUCGAGCUGGAGGGGCCCGAGGAGUUGGAGCAGGAUUCCGAGGCGGAGCAGGUCAAUUCACCGGGAAGCAGGAAAGGCAAGCCGGCGGAGGCGGGCGAGGAGCGUGAUCGGCAGGAUCGGCAGGAUCGGCAGGAGCGACAGGAGUCGGGUGAGCAGACAGACACCUUGAGCACCCACAGCAGCAGCUCCACGCCGACGACGAUGGAUGUGGCCGAUGUGGAGACCAUUAGCUCCUUGCCCCUCUCUCCCCCCUACGGCGGUCGCGGCAAUCAGCUGGUCAAGCGGCACAACCCUCCCAAGGAUCAGCAGCAGGCGGACAGCAGCUCCAGCUCCGGUUCUAGCUCCAGCUCCAGCUCCAACCAGCAGCCCGAUCUAGACGAUGUGCCCACGACGUCGCGGUAUGCAGCUGCAGCGGCACAUCCCAGCGCCGCCUUUGCGGAAACGGCGGUGGCCAUCUCCUCGUCGGGAUCGGGCCGGACUUGCGGCGGAGGCGGUGGAGCCGCCCACAGGCGCACCCACUCGGCCGCCUCCUACAUCUCGAUGCGGUCCCAGGGCGGCAACUCGGAGGCGCCUCCAGAACGACCCAAAAGGAACCGCUUCUUCGAGUGGCUGCGGGUUGUGUGCAACGUCUGUUGCUGCAAGAGUUCCGGAAUCGGGGAGCCGAGUGUUCAUCAUGCGCUGGUUGUGAUAUUUCUAGAGUUCUUCGCCUGGGGCCUGCUGACGAUGCCCAUAAUAUCGACCCUCAACCAGACGUUCCCGGAUCACACAUUCCUCAUGAACGGUCUGGUCAUGGGCAUCAAGGGAAUCCUGUCGUUCCUUUCGGCGCCUCUGAUCGGCGCACUUUCGGACAUCUGGGGCCGAAAGUUUUUCCUAUUAGUCACAGUAUUCUUCACCUGCCUGCCCAUACCGCUGAUGUCCAUCAACACGUGGUGGUUCUUUGCCAUGAUCUCAAUAAGCGGCGCCUUCGCCGUCACCUUCUCGGUGGUGUUUGCCUACGUGGCGGACGUCACCACGCCGGAGGAGCGGUCCAAGGCCUAUGGCCUGGCCUCGGCCACCUUCGCCGCCAGUCUGGUCAUCUCGCCGGCUCUGGGCAAUGCCCUGAUGGAGAUGUACGGCGACACGCUGGUCGUGGCCCUCUCCACGGCCAUCGCGCUGCUGGACGUCUUCUUCAUCCUGGUUGCAGUGCCGGAGAGUCUAUCGGAGAAGAUGCGCCCCGCCUCCUGGGGGGCGCCCAUCAGCUGGGAGCAGGCGGAUCCUUUUCUGGCCCUGCGCAAAGUGGGCACUGAUAAGACCGUGCUGAUGCUGUGCCUCACCGUGCUGCUAUCCUAUCUGCCCGAGUCCGGGGAGUACUCCUGCAUGUUUGUCUACCUGAAGCUGAAGAUGGGCUUCAACUCCGUGGAGGUGUCCAUCUUUAUAGCCAUUGUUGGCAUCCUCAGUAUCACGAUGCAAGUGACUCUCGGCUCCUUUAUGAAGGUGUUUGGGGCCAAGCGCACGAUCAUUAUGGGCCUAGCCCUGGAAAUCGUGCAGCUGCUGUGGUACGGUUUUGGCAGUCAAAAGUGGAUGAUGUGGUCAGCUGGCGUCGUGGCUGCCCUGGGCUCCAUCACGUACCCCGCCAUCAGCGCCUUCGUGUCCCUCUAUGCGGCUUCCGAGAGUCAGGGCGCUGUUCAGGGCAUGAUCACGGGAAUGCGCGGCCUGUGCAAUGGCCUGGGACCAGCGGCGUUCGGGAUCGUCUUCUACCUGUUCAACGUGGACCUGAACGACGAGCACGACUCUCAUACGAAGAACACCGGCAGCCGGGCCACGAACGUGGAGAAGAUCUCGCAGCAUGUGCCGGGUCCGCCUUUCGUGUUUGGCGCCUUGUGCGUCUUCUGUGCCAUAAUAGUUUCGGCGUUCAUUCCGGAGGGACAGAGCUCCAACUUGGAAAAGAAACGUGCCUCGCUCGACGUGCAGUACGAGAUUGAGACGGGCCACAAGGCGCCCAGCUCCCUGGCGCCGCUCAUCCGCUCCGACUCCCUGGCGCAGCUGUAGUGCCCCAGCGCUCCAUCGUCGUCCUAUCCAUACAACUUGAACCCAGCUGGUGGCUAUAGAUACCUAUAAGCAGUGUUAGGGAGUUAAGGAUUUUGUAACUGUAACAAAUGCUGUAACUAGUUUGGCUUUAGUUUCCCGAGUCUAUUAGGUGCAUACAUAUAUAUAUAUCGCAGAUCAGGCCGAGAUGAUGUUAUUGUUUGCAUGGUUAGAUCUUCGUUUUUUACCAUAGUUUCCGUUAAGUGCACCACACCACAGACCACCUCAGCCCAGGUAUAUUUCGUAACUAAUUUAUUAUUGCCUAAGUAACGUAGUCACAUAUUGGAUUGGCCCGUGUGCUUGCCCGCUUUCCAGUUUCCAUUUCUAUUACGAUUUUAUUUUUUGCGACUGUCGAUUCUCUUCGGGUUGGGAUUACAUCACAGCAGACUGGUGUUAGAGCUAAAAAUCUUUUGCAACAACAACAAAAUAACUGCCAAUUAAAAAAACAGAGUAAGUGUAAUUCGUAAUCUUCGGAUGAAGACGCUUAAAUUCAGCACAGCACAACACACAUACAGUUCGGGAUCCUGAAUAUCAAUCGCAUUUCCAAAUGGGCUUGAAAAACUUUUCUGUUCACCCCAAAGUUCACACCGUUUAGUUACAACAAUUAUGAAGAGGAAAUCCAAAUAAACUGAAUACUAAGCUUUACUUUGAAAAUUGUAGUGAUUUAAAGUUUAAACUUUAAAACAAGAAUUAAAAAUUAUAAUAAAUCGGGUCACAAACUAGGGGUCUUCACAAGCUAUAUACAAGAUAAAUAUGUAUAUAUAUAUAUAUAUAUAUAGAGAUAUAUGUAUGGGUACUGACACAAAUCGUAAUGCUUUUAAUUUAGCUAAAUGCCAAGUUAGCGCCUCCGAUUAUGUGCAACGCUGUAUUUUUUAUUUUGAUAAAGCAACACAAUGCAGAGCCUUUAACAAAGUCAAUGCUUGAACGUACAUAUGGGGAGCAUGUAUGUAUAGUACUAUAUACUAUAGAUAUCAAAGUUAUAUUUUUCGAAGUUGCUUCAACCGUGUGUAAAGUUCCCCACUUGCUCCUACUCCUCCUCCCCCUCCCCCCAAAAAAAAAAAAAUAUUCAUCCACCCCGUGUGAGCAGAGGUAAAGUCAAUGGAGUAGUGUCCCCCAGAAAAAAUUCGGGGGCCGCGAGAGACAGUAUACAAGAAAACUGAACCCAAAUUUUGAUUGUAAAUUAUUUAACGUGUAAUUUAGUGUUUUAAACGAAACCAAAAUAAACAAAAUUGUUUAAUGAAA